CCCUUCACUGAGAAAUCUAGCCAGUCAUUUCCUGUGCAAACCCUCCUUCACUUUGCAAAAAGCCACAGAGUUGAGGAAAUCAUGGAGAUCUGGGGCUGCUCCUUCUCGCAGGAACCUUGGAUCCCCUCAUGGACCAGCCAGGAGCUCCCCACUGUGCCACUGCCAGGCUGCUGAAGUGAACUUGGGCUUCCCUGCAUGGCUUCUCACCCGUGGAUGGAAAUAAUUUGGGGUCUGCCUUCAUGCCAAUUAACACUUCUUGCUGCUUGACUUGGUUUCUGCUGGGAGGUUACUUCCCCUCUGAAGGAUCUGUUGGGACUCCUUGUCACAUCAGUUCUUGGGUGGAGCUUGCAGCAACUUCUGACGCUCUGUCUCUGCAAGACUGAUGAUAAAUAACUCUCUUGAGCGCUGUGGAGAGAUGGAAACUGCAGCUGAGGAGUGAUUUUGGGGAGAGGAAGACAGAAAAGCACAAGCAAACUGUUAUGGAAGCGCAAAUAUCCUUCUAAAGGAUUCGGCAAAUGCAGCAGCGAUGGAGUCUGGCUGCAGCCCCAGCAAGGGAGAGUUCUCUUCAGAGGAAACCUGUUAACCCUUUGGAGGGAGUGCCUGGGAAUGAGCAGGAGCUGCUGAGCAGAGCUCUGCUGCAGGUUUAGUGCCCCCACAGGGAACAUCUUUGCUGAUCUGCAGGACCAUCUCUCCUGGCAAUGGAUAAAUUCACAAACGGGCAGCCAGGCCCAGCUCAGAGGAAUAGGCUCAUGGGACUGCUAGAAACAGAUGACAGCGUCCAGGAAGAUAAACCUGCCCCGAGUAAAAAGGAAGAAAGGUCAGGACAUGGAAGGAAAGGAGAGCCACAACCCUUGGAGACACCUUAUCAGAAGGAGAGCAGUGACUUUGCCCCUAAAAUCAAGGUUAAUCUGAAUUAUCGGCCAGGACUCGUCAGCAACCAGAAGGACCCGAAUCGCUUUGACAGGGACCGGCUGUUCAGUGCUGUGGUCAGGGGCAGCCCCGAGGCUCUGGAUGGUUUGCUGGAGUAUUUAAGGAGGAACUCCAAAUUCCUCACCAAUUCCGAGUACACAGAUGCAAAGACUGGGAAGACCUGCUUGAUGAAAGCCCUGCUGAACUUAAAAAACGGGAAGAAUGACACAAUCCCAGUCUUGCUGGAAAUAGACCAAAAGACACAGAACCCCAGGCCACUUGUCAAUGUGUCGUGCUCUGACUGUUUCUACAGAGGCCAGACCGCCCUGCACAUCGCCAUCGAGAAAAGGAGCCUCGAGAUGGUGAAACUGCUGGUGGAGCACGGAGCUGAUGUCCACGCCAGAGCCCAUGGGGAAUUCUUCAGGAAGAAGAAAGAAGGAGUUUACUUUUAUUUUGGUGAACUUCCCCUCUCCUUGGCUGCCUGCACCAACCAGCUGGAUGUGGUGGAUUAUCUUUUGAACAACCCCCACCAGAAAGCCAGGCUGCAGGAGCAGGACACCCAGGGCAACACCGUCCUGCACGCCCUGGUGAUGAUUGCAGAUGACACCGAGGAGAACACCAAGUUUGUGAGCACCACCUACGUGGAGAUCCUGAAGGCGGGCGUGAAGCUCGACCCCACGUGCAAACUGGAGGAGAUUGUCAAUUAUGAUGGCUUAAAUCCCCUGCAGCUUGCUGCCAAGACAGGCAAGGUGGAGAUCUUCAGGCACAUCAUCCAGAGGGAGAUCAAGGACCCCCUGUACCGGCACCUGUCCCGCAAGUUCACCGAGUGGACCUACGGCCCCAUCCACGUGUCCCUCUACGACCUGUCCUCCCUGGACAGCUUCGAGGAGAACUCUGUGCUGGAGAUCCUGGCCUACAGCAGUGACACCCCGAACCGCUACAAAAUGGUGGUUUUGGAGCCACUGAACAAACUGCUUCAGCAAAAAUGGGAAACGUUUGCUUCCAAGAGAUUCUACUUCAGCUUUGUCUCCUACCUGUCAUUCAUGAUCAUCUUCACAGCCAUUGCAUACUAUCAGCCCUUAAGGGUAAAGCCUUCCUUCCCGGUGGAAUUCACAGCUGGAGGCUUCCUCUGGGUCUCUGGACUGAUCAUUAUCUUGUUAGGAGGCAUUUAUCUGAUCUUUGCUCAGAGCCUGUACCUGCGGAGGAGGCGCCAGUCCCUGAAGACCAUGUGCUCUGACAGCUGCAUCGAGAUCCUGAUCUUCAUCCAGGCGUUCUCCCUGCUGCUCUCAGCAGUCCUGUACGGAGCCAGCUCGGAGAACUACGUGGCAGUGAUGGUGUUCUCCCUGCUGCUGGGCUGGGUGAACACCCUCUACUACACCCGCGGCUUCCAGCGCACCGGCAUCUACAGCGUCAUGAUCCAGAAGACCAUCAUGAGAGACCUGCUGCGUUUCCUCCUGGUUUACAUGAUCUUCCUCUUCGGCUUUGCUGCAGCUCUGGUGACGCUGAUGGGCGAUGCCCCCUCGGUGUCUCAGAACAAGUCCCUGGCUCACCUGGAGAGCUCGGGCAGCCACGCCAUGUACGGGGGGCUGCUCAGCGUCUCCCUGGAGCUCUUCAAGAUCACCAUCGGCAUGGGGGACCUGGAUUUCCAGGAGCACACCAGGUUCAGGUACUUUGUCACGCUGCUGCUGCUGCUGUUUGUGAUCCUCACCUACAUCCUGCUGCUGAACAUGCUGAUCGCCCUCAUGAGCGAGACUGUCACGGAUAUUUCUGGCUACAGCAAGAGCGUCUGGAAGCUGCAGAGGGCAAUUGCUAUUCUAGAAAUAGAGAAGGCCUGGCUGUGGCGCCAGGGUGGGAAGAGGAGAUCUGGCUGCUUCAUGUCAGUGGGGCUCAAUAAGAAAGAUGAGAGGUGGUGUUUCAGAGUAGAGGAAAUUAAAUGGGCAGAUUGGGCAAAGGAUGUGGGAGUUCUGAAGGAAGAACCUGGGACCACUGAUUCAGAAAUAAAUCCAGAAGCUUCCUGCUGACGAGGGGCUGCUCCUGUGUCCUGCUGCAGAGACCAGCUCCUGGAGACGGCCAGCACAGAAACCACCCCGAGCAGCUGCCCCAGAGGAGCUGGCCCUGCUGCAGCCCCAGCCACCAGGCACAGAGAUGGUGCCUCUGCAGGGACAGCCCAGAGAGCUUUGACAGCUUUUCUGAGCUGCCUCCACCUUCAGAGGAGUUGUUCUUCCCCCAGCAGCUGGGAGAACUGAAAGCAUUGUCAGCAGAAAAGUGCAUUUCGUGGAGGACUGUGGUUCAGCCCGUGGCUUUCAGUGUUGUCACGCACUUUAAUGAUUCAUUUCCUCUGAAGAAACUGUUUUUACUCGACUUUUCUCUGCCUGACAUUUUCUUAUUACUAUGCCUAAAGAUGCAGUGGUGGGAGUGAGCUCCUGGGGCAGUGGGGAAGGCAGAGCUCUCUGAGCUGUGCAGGGAUAAUAAUGCUCAUGGAUAAUGCUCAUGGAAUGACCUGCCUGAGGAUGGCCCAGCCUCUUCUGUUGUCACAAGGGACUGCACUGAAGUGCUUUGGAAUCAAGAGUGUUGUAGAGUCCUAAAAGUUGCUGAGGGUGGAGUUGUCUUCUGUGCUGGUGUGAGAUGUGAGUGGACAAACCCUCACCCUGUGGCAGGGCUCUGUGGUUAAUCCACAUCAGGAUCCCCAUUUCACACCUCCAGAACGAAAUUCUUUGCACUAAAAGCACAGGAGGUGAUGUGGAUUUCUUGGACCUGAAACUUUGCUGGUGGAUUUCUGAGACUUCUGUUUUUCACGGGUUGCUUUGUCUCUGUAAUAAACAGCAGCAGAAUCCUGCUUGUGGCCCCUGAGAGACUGAUGGGCUGACACUUUUUGUGUGGUUUUUGCUUCCUGUUACUUGUCAUGGGCAUCCUGCCUUGCUGCAAAUGUCUGCAAGGAGCUCGUUACUUUUUGUGACUUGUACUCUGCUUCAGGCAGGAGGGGCAGCUGCUGUAAACUCUGUGGGGAAAGAGAUAAAAAUGAACUGUCUCACUUUUCACUCUAUUUAACAGUGAUGGGAAAAACGCCAGUCACUUGGUUUUUAAAAUUUUAAAAGUUUAAUAAUAAUAAAAUGGUUAUAAAAAGAAUACAAUUAGAGUAAUAAAGUUUAGAGUUAGGACAAUUACAAGACAAUAAAAAAGUAAAGAAUUACGGACAUUUGGAUGCUCUCGGACACUAAGACACAAAAAGCAUAACUUGUGAACAAAGGAAUCACCCUUAAACCAAUACAUUUGUUGCAUAUUCAUAUAUCCUUCAUGAUGAUGCAUACAUUCUAUUUAAAACAAGAAACUCUGUUGUAUGUCAACUAUUUCCUUUAAUUCCCUGGUGUCUUUGAGUCUGAGCAAGACCUGAAGAAAUUAGCUUCUUCUGAUAAGAAGCCAUAAAUUCCUCUCCUUUGGAAGAUUGAGGUGUUCCUCAAAGCUGAGUAUCUCAUCCCUAAAAAAAAAAAAACUUCCCCCACAUACAUAGUCUCUAUUUUAACAUUAUGUUGUAACCUAAAACUACACUUAACACAGUACGUAAGAGAAUUAAUACAGCAUAACUUUCUAACAUUGCACAUACAAUAUUCAUUGUAACAUUUGUGAAAAGCCAAUCAUAAAUAUGCAUUUUUCACAGUAGUAACAUGUAAAAUUUCUGUAAACAAUACAACAAGUGUACUUAAUUGAAAA